AAAAUUUUGUUGCGGCUCACAACAACAAAGUUCCUUCUCUUUACCUUUUAACAUGGCCGGUGCUCCCAGGAAAUACUCCAAGACCUCCAAGGUCCCAAAGCGUCCCUUCGAAUCUGAGCGUAUUGAUGCCGAAUUGAAGCUCAUUGGCGAGUUCGGUCUCAAGAACAAGCGUGAAGUCUGGCGUGUUGGUUACACUCUCUCCAAGAUCCGUCGUGCUGCUCGUGAGCUUUUGAAGCUUGAUGAGAAGGAUCCCCGUCGUCUCUUCGAGGGUAACGCUCUUAUCCGUCGUCUUGUUCGUAUUGGUGUGCUCGAUGAGUCCCGUAUGAAGCUCGAUUACGUCUUGGGUCUCAAGAUUGAAGAUUUCUUGGAGCGUCGUCUCCAGACCCAGGUCUUCAAGCUCGGUCUUGCCAAGUCUAUCCACCACGCUCGUGUUCUCAUCCGCCAACGUCACAUCCGUGUCGGCAAGCAGAUUGUCAACAUCCCCUCCUUCAUCGUUCGUUUGGACUCCCAAAAGCACAUCGAUUUCGCUUUGACCUCCCCCUAUGGUGGUGGCCGCGCUGGUCGUGUCAAGAGAAAGCGCGCCAAGUCCUCUGCUGAGGGUGGUGACGAUGCCGAAGAUGACGAAGAGUAAACUCUGACUCCCCCCUUCACAUCAUAGCCCUGGCCUUCCACUUGCAUACUCUCAUCCACAUGUAUGAACCUUUGCAUUGAAUAAAAUCCAAAGAUGUCCAAAUCUGAAAAGAAAUGGUUUCCUUUGAGCAUUGCAAAGCACCUGUGUAAAAUAUUUAACACAGUAUCU